GUUUCUGGAGUAUUCGAGUCCAAUUGUCAACAUACGUAUCGAUGUUUUCGAGUCGAAACAAGUAGCUUUUUAAUGGCUUGUACGCCAGGAAAUUCUUUAAAAUUAAGAUAGCAGGAUGGGAUCUGUUGUUUCUAACAUGUAUGGAGGGCUACAGUACAUGAUGAGUUGUGGGGGAGACAAUCAAACGUUCCCUGAUAAUGGCCGAUCGUCUCUCGCCGCGACGCCAUUUGUUUGGAAACGUACCAGCUCCAUGUACUUUGAUGAAGAUGGUGAUCUAGCCCAUGAAUUUUAUGAAGAAGUUAAACCAAACAAGAAAGGGAAGAAGUAUUCCAUGAAGAAAGUAACUCGGCGACUAUUACCUCAAGGACUAGUUGAUUUACCGUAUCCAAGAUUAAAUGUGGAUUUUCCAGUUGUUAUGUGCGAGGCAUAUUAGAGAAAUGACCUCAAAAUUUCUAGAUCUAACCUCAUAUGAGAUGAAUGUGGAAUCUAUCAAGAACAUUGCUAAACAGCUGGGUCAUUCACGGACAAGACUUGCAUGAAAUUCAGAAUGUUACCAGAAACAUUUUGUUCUUGACCACAGAGUUAUUGCAUCGUCACGCCAGACAUCUCUAGCUACUUUCUUUCCUUGAGCUGGCAGUUACUCAGGUGACCAAUUUAACUGAACUGAUAGCAACAACUUCUGUUUUUUAUUGAGGAAGAAUGCAGAUGUGUAAAAUAAGACUGUGACUAAAUGCCUGGCAGCUAGGUAAAGGCUUAAAUUGACUAAAUGCUGACAGCCAGAAAUUUUCACAGAGUUUCCACUGAAAGAUUCUUUCACUCUUAUAAAGAAUGAUAGAUGUUUUUUAAGAAAUGUGAAGCAAUUCCCCUUCACUCAGAAAACAUUUCUGGUCAGACUGACAGGUAUGGUCUCAAAUAGACUAAAUGCCUGGCAGUCAGAAGUUUUCUGCCAAAUUCUUGUGGAAAACCUCAUUUAAAUCUGUCAACCCUUCACACGUGAACAUCAAUAUGCAUAAUCUCCACACUGUGUUCUCUACAUUUUGUAAGGUGCUGACAAGGAAAAUUUGCUUAACAAGCAUUCUGACUGCUGGCAUUCAGUCCUUUUAAGAUCAUGCCCAGCUGUGGGGCAUUUAGCCUUUAUGUUUAAAUAAUGUUUGUAGUGAAAGGUUGGGGACCUCCUCUCCAAUUGAAAUAAUUCUCUUCAGGGUAUUGUUGUUUUUAGUAGAAAUAACAAGAAGAUUGUACAGUAUUAUAAAAAAAUUUGGAUGAUG